AGAUCCGAUUUUGAUAGUAAAAUAUUUUUUGAACAAUAUUUUGGGUCUGUACAGACUCUGCUUGUCAUUUUUACCUUUAUGGGUAUGUGUGUGAUCAUGUGUUUCAUCAGUUUGUGUUAUCUUCCUGCUAUCUGAUGUAUUCACAUACAUAUCUACACACAUUUAUCUAUUUUUAUGCCUACAAAAACCAUGAUUUUGUUGAUAACCUUUAUCAAUCUUGGGGUUUUAGAUGACAUAGUCUAGCUACCACAACUCUCACCUUCUUUUAUGAAACAAAGGAACACGGCUAGUAGGCAAGAUUCUAUUCAGAUGGGAGAUAACAAUAGUGCACAGUAUGUGGGUAUUGAUGAAGUUCCUUCACCUAGGGCUGUUGGAAUAAACAAGGUGUCGCUUCUGCCCCUUGUUUUCCUGAUCUUCUAUGAAGUAUCAGGAGGGCCUUUUGGUGUUGAAGACAGUGUGAAAGCAGCUGGCCCUUUAUUGGCUCUCCUAGGUUUCUUAGUAUUUCCAUUCAUAUGGAGCGUUCCUGAAGCUUUAAUAACUGCUGAAAUGGGGACAAUGUUUCCGGAAAAUGGUGGCUAUGUGGUUUGGGUUUCAUCCGCUCUGGGUCCGUAUUGGGGUUUCCAGCAAGGUUGGAUGAAAUGGCUGAGCGGUGUUAUUGAUAAUGCUCUCUAUCCAGUUUUAUUUCUUGACUACUUAAAAUCAGGGAUCCCAGAUUUAGCUGAUGGUUUUCCGAGGAUUGCAGCAGUACUUGUUUUAACGGCAGUGCUUACCUACAUGAACUAUAGGGGUAUGACUAUAGUGGGUUGGGUUGCUGUUCUACUUGGUGUAUUUUCCAUUCUUCCUUUCGUAGUUAUGGGACUUGUGUCGAUUCCAAAGUUGGAGCCAUCAAGAUGGAUGGUAGUUGAUCUACACGACGUUGACUGGAAUUUGUAUUUGAACACUCUUUUCUGGAAUCUUAACUACUGGGACUCGAUAAGUACACUAGCUGGAGAGGUGCACAACCCAAAGAAGACUUUGCCAAAGGCUUUGUUGUAUGCUCUUAUUAUGGUGGUUCUUGGCUACUUCUUACCUCUACUGGCUGGCACUGGUGCUGUUCCACUACAACGUGACUUGUGGAGUGAUGGUUAUUUCUCAGAUAUUGCUAAAAUACUAGGUGGGGUAUGGUUGAGAUGGUGGGUGCAAGCAGCUGCUGCAAUGUCAAACAUGGGAAUGUUCGUGGCCGAGAUGAGCAGCGACUCAUUCCAACUCCUGGGUAUGGCAGAAAGGGGCAUGCUUCCCGAGUUUUUUGCCAAGAGAUCUCGAUAUGGAACUCCUUUGGUCGGUAUCUUGUUCUCUGCCUCUGGUGUGCUUUUGCUAUCUUGGAUGAGUUUUCAGGAGAUAGUUGCUGCAGAAAACUUUUUGUACUGUUUUGGGAUGAUUCUGGAGUUCAUAGCAUUCAUUCAGUUAAGAAUGAAGCACCCAGCUGCCUCUCGACCGUACAAGAUACCCUUGGGAACAGCUGGAUCCAUUCUUAUGUGUAUUCCUCCUACUGCUUUGAUCUGCGUAGUGUUGGCUCUUUCAUCUUUUAAAGUUUUUGUGGUAAGCAUGAUCGCUGUUAUUAUUGGGCUAGUUCUUCAGCCUUGCCUGAAGCACAUCGAGAAAAAGAGGUAUAUGAAAUUCUCAACGAGUUCUGAUCUCCCUGACAUCGACCAUAUAACAAAUGAGGGGACUCUACUGGGCUAGUCUGUUUCCGUGUUUUCCAAAAUUACAUGGUUUAAGAUGAAAAAGAGAGACAUACUGUUGUGCUAUAAGUUGCGGAUACAUAGUUGGUACACUCCUGAAUUGCUAGAAGAUUUUGCUACAUCAGGUAAAUGCUGUUCUGUAAUCUUGUAUAUCUAAAAGGAUCCACCGGUCAUGUAUGUCCAAAAGGUUGAUUAUGUUUUCGCCUCUUUUCGUGUAGCACUUAGAAACAUGUACGAUGAAACACCGUCUUUCGAAUUUCUAGAUGUAAACCCAGUCAGUGACUCUUUAAAUUAUAGGAGUAUAUUUUCCUAUGGAAAUGAGAUCUGUUGUGUCGGAUCGUUAACUCUA